AUGGCUGGAAAUUCUAGAUUUCUGUGGAUUUCUUCAACUUUGUGGCUGCUCUAUAUUUGUUUCGCCGCGUCAAAUGCUACUCAGCGACACAAAGGGCCGGCCGAUGAGGAAAAGAGUAUCAUAGUUAAAAAGGUCAGGGAAAAUUUAUAAUUAUAUUAUAACGAAGUACCAGAUAUUAUCGAUAUUAACAUACAAUCUAUUAUUGCGUGUAUUAUCGUUCUUGCCUGAUCACUGAACGAUGAAAGGAGCAUCCUGUAUUUUGUAUGAGGGUAGAGUUAUUGGAAAUUAAGUUUAUUUUUACCUCGUCAAGGCAGCCAUUUUGAAACUAUACCUUUUAUCUAAUUAGCUAAGGAUUGUUUAUAUCUGAAGCAACAGCAUUUUAGUGUCCGUUUUCCUACAUAAGGAAAAACCAACAGAGAUAUAGAGCUUUUUCGAGAAAGGUUGUCGCAAAAAAUGUGCACGCGACCAUCCCGAAAGGUAAUAUGGGAUAUGAUCUUUACACUGUACCUAACGACUGUAGCUGUCGAACCUAUUUUUUUUUUGUUUUCCUUUAGUACUCGCAAACGUAAGUCCGUGGCCUCCCGUGCCAUUUUUUCAAAUUUCUUUGUAGAAGAGUGAACUAAAAACCACCCACAAUACCUUUCGGGAUUGUCGUGUGCACUUUUUCCGACAAGCUUUCUCGAAACAGCUGUAUAUUAUGAUCAUGACUAGGCGUGCUGCUCCAUUAUAUAAGCGCAGCGAAAUUGGAGUGGCUGAUUGUUAUUCUACCAUUUGUUUAGUACUUCUUUGUUGGAAACACGAACAAAAGUACAAUAAUUAGUACAUACGGCAAAAGGUAACUAUAUAUUUUAAAACUUACUGGCGGAUAAACGUCACGCUGAUAAUGUAUCAAGGGUGAAUUGGGCAGGAUGUCAUCAUCAUCAUCAUCAUCAUCAUCAUCAUCAUCAUCAUCAACAUCAUCAUGCUCAGAUCAUCAUCAUUAUCGUAAUAUCACUUGCUACCCAAUUAGUAAUUUUCACCCUAUAAAAAUUUGAAUACGACCUUUAAUUUUCGCCAAAACAAGUUCAAUUCUUCUAAUUACUCUCCGGGUUGUUCAAACGUUGGAUAGCGCUAACCACCGGAUAAAUCACCAUCCAGCGGAUCAGUCACUGUAUUACGGAAAUCAAUUACGCUAUCCGCCGAAUAGUGUUUUAUUCGGAGGAUAGUGCUGUCCAACGUUUGAACAACCAGGGCCUGGAGCUCAUUUACCCUAGUGACUCCGUUCCUUAUUAGUUUAGACGGGGCCUAAUCAGUCUGCAAAAGGUAGCGAGUGCAAAUUGUAAGAACCAUUUUCCACACAAUUACUGCAGAGUAACUCCCGGUUACUUAUGUAAUCAUAAGUAUAACAAAAUUCUCCGAUCUGAUUGGCUAUCAACUGCCCUGAUUUCAGCGUUAAUAGGACAAUUUAAUUGGACAGUUCGCGCCAUCACACACGCGCUUUAAUGGCAUUUUUUCACUGCUAGCAAAAAAAAAAUUGGAAUUUCUUCUGUUUUGAUUUAAAAAAGAGCCUUAUAUAUCACAAAUUUUAAAGAUUAAGUUAUGAAAGUUAUGAUUAAUUGGUAACAGAACUGAGUAGAGUCCAAUUCGGUCUGUAAUCAUACUCGUGAUUAACUAUCGGACUCCCGCUACGCGGUCUUCCGAUUUUGUUAAUCACUCGUAUGAUUACAGACCGAAUUGGACUCCACUCAGUUCUGUUACAAAUACUAAUAAUCUUAAUAACAUUUGAGAAAGCCUUUGCGGUUUUAAAGUAAAGCUUUUUCAAAUAAAGCGGAUGCAGUCAUCCAAGUAAGCCAAUCGCUGCUGGAAGCAAAUAGCUGUGUAUUUGGCUUUCCAAGAGAAGGAAACGCACAUUGGAUUAGAGAGAAGCCAAAGAAUAUUUCAGAAAGAGUAAAAAAUCAGAAUUAAAGUAAUUUCAAUUCUUUUCACAAUUUUAAAAGAAAAAUUAUUAAGUUUUAGCCAUUUGCAAACAAAUGCAUUGUUACAUGAUAUUCGUUUAUCUCUUUACAGAUGAUAGCACCAGGCUAUUAUUCUCAAGAAUGUAAUGCACAUAAGCGAUGCAAAGAUCCUGUUAAAUAUUGCCACAUGUUUUUGUGCGUAGACUGUUUAAAAGAAAACGUAGCCUGCACUCAGAAUGGUCAGUGUUGUCCUGGAUCAGAGUGUAUCUAUGGCCGCUGUAAGACUGGGGCUGCCGCUGGACAAGCAGGUAAGAUCGUUAAUUUCUUGGUCACGGAUCGGGUCGACAUGGUCAAUGAUGCAAAUUAUUGCAUUACUGAACUGAACAGACUGAGCUUUCGAUUCUUAUAAGUGAUUAAGUUGGUAGGCAGCGAAUUCAGAAAAGAAAGGAUGGGAAGAGAGGAGGAAGGAAGGAUGUAGAUUCGUAGAGAAAAAUCCAAAUUGUGGCCUAUGCGCAUGCGCCACUGCUUAAUUACAUCAAAUUAGCAGGAAAAUAUGCCUUUAGUGUCGCACAAUUCAUUUUUGCCAUUCCAUGCUACUUGGCUGAAAGUCUGUUCAACACUUAGGAGCAGUUAAAAAGUGAGGUUCAAAUGAAAAAGCUUUUUAAAUGUCCCACAUGGGUUAAAUCUGAAUCACUUUGUGCUGGUUUUUCAUUGCAGGAGCGUUUUGUGACAGACAAAGUGACUGUAAAGACCCAGAUCUUUGUUGUGUUCGCGAGGCUGCCAUUAACCCCGCCAUUUCGAUUUGUAAGCCCGCCUUAGAUGAACAUCAAACGUGUGGACCGUAUAAUCAGUACCGUACGCUCUACAUUGGUGGUACUGUGCAACCAGCCUGUGGUCCAUGCAAGCAAGGAUUAACGUGCAAACAAGUCGGGUAAGGAAACACCUGUAUAUGGUAAAAGUUUCACGUGCACAUAAACCAGUUAUAGUCUGCUUGCAGGCUCUGUAGCAAUUUGAUUUGUUGGCGGACCUAGGCGUCUCACUGUAUUUUACUUCUCACGUUACAUUUUAGGUUGUUUAUAUCUGCUUUACGUCUUAAAUUUCUCUUUUCUUAAUUUACCAAGGAAAAAAAUUUAAUCUAAAAAUUAUGAAGUUAUGCAAUUAUAAGGCGAAAGACUUCAGCCUUUGUAAUUGAGGUCAUUAUAUUUAUGUCAUAGGCGGGAUUUAAGAUUCCUUGCGCGCAUUGACCCUUUGAUAGAAAGGUCCAAGGACUUGUGCUCGGAUUAUAGAUUUAAGAGGAAGUUAGUGAAAUUGGUGAAAUAUUAAUCUCCUACACAGUCUUGCUUUGUGUCCUGGAGAGAGGCAUAUAGAAUGAAGACUUAAAGAACGUCCACGUAAGGGGACUGGUGGUGCCUGUGUUGAACUCUGGGAUAAAUGUUUUGUUUUAUUUAACUUUUCAGGAUAUUUGGCGUCCACCAAGUUUGUCUUCCAGAAUCAACCCCUUCCGUAGGAAAGAAGUAAAAAGUCACCAUCGAACUUUGCUUUAAGGAUGAGAAGUUCAAGAACAUUUAACUCAAAGUUAAGCCAGUAAUAAAGAGCUCAAAAUUGUGCGAGAAAUCCGAUGUUUGCUUGCCGAGAAAAAAUAGUUGUCACUGAAUCAGUGCCAAUCGACGGUGUGCAGCAUUCAGUAUAUAUUUAUUAACAAAUCAAUUUUGAUGUUUUAAGUGAUUAUUUGUGGUCAUGAAUCAGUUAUUCCUUGCUUUAUCCGUAAUUCGUAUCUUUUAGAAAUACUUCGAAGCAUUUA